CGCCGCCGCCUUAGCGGCUGCUAUGACCAGCGGGCUAGGCGCCCUCCGCAGCUCCGCGCAGCACUAGUCCUGGCCGUGCGCCCGCCGUCGCCGUCCGGGUCCCCAGCGCGGCCGCUCCCUCGGCUCUUCCAGCACCGCCUGCGAGGCGAGGCGGAGGCAGGAUGAAGAUGACAGUGGAUUUUGAGGAGUGCCUGAAGGACUCACCCCGCUUCAGGGCUGCACUGGAAGAAGUAGAAGGAGAUGUGGCAGAAUUAGAACUAAAACUUGAUAAGCUUGUGAAGCUUUGCAUUGUGAUGAUCGAUACUGGAAAAGCCUUUUGCGUUGCAAAUAAACAGUUCAUGAAUGGAAUUAGAGACCUGGCACAGUAUUCUAGUAAUGAUGCUGUUGUUGAGACAAGUUUGACCAAGUUUUCUGACAGUCUUCAAGAAAUGAUAAAUUUUCAUACAAUCCUGUUUGAUCAAACUCAGAGAUCAAUUAAAGCACAGCUUCAAAACUUUGUUAAAGAAGAUCUUAGAAAAUUCAAAGAUGCCAAGAAACAAUUUGAAAAAGUGAGUGAAGAAAAAGAGAAUGCAUUAGUAAAAAAUGCUCAAGUACAAAGGAACAAACAGCAUGAAGUUGAGGAAGCCACAAACAUUCUAACAGCAACAAGAAAAUGUUUUCGACACAUAGCUCUUGACUACGUACUUCAGAUUAAUGUUCUCCAAUCAAAAAGAAGAUCAGAAAUACUAAAAUCAAUGCUAUCCUUUAUGUAUGCCCAUUUGGCUUUCUUUCAUCAAGGAUAUGAUCUAUUUAGUGAACUUGGGCCCUACAUGAAGGAUCUUGGUGCACAGUUGGAUCGACUGGUUGUGGAUGCAGCAAAGGAGAAAAGAGAGAUGGAGCAAAAACAUUCCACCAUUCAACAAAAGGAUUUCUCCAGUGAUGAUUCUAAGUUAGAAUAUAAUGUAGAUGCUGCAAAUGGCAUUGUUAUGGAAGGAUAUCUCUUCAAACGAGCCAGCAAUGCCUUCAAAACUUGGAACAGACGCUGGUUUUCAAUACAGAACAAUCAGUUGGUUUACCAGAAAAAAUUCAAGGAUAAUCCAACUGUGGUAGUUGAAGAUCUCAGGCUUUGCACAGUGAAACAUUGUGAAGACAUAGAAAGACGAUUUUGCUUUGAGGUGGUCUCUCCAACGAAAAGUUGCAUGCUCCAGGCAGAUUCUGAAAAACUGCGCCAGGCCUGGAUUAAGGCUGUUCAGACCAGCAUUGCCACUGCUUACAGGGAGAAGGGUGAUGAAUCAGAGAAGCUGGAUAAGAAAUCAUCUUCAUCAACAGGAAGCCUAGAAUCUGGUAAUGAGUCAAAAGAAAAAUUAUUGAAAGGCGAAAGUGCACUACAGCGGGUCCAGUGUAUCCCUGGCAAUGCCAGCUGCUGUGACUGUGGUCAGGCCGACCCGCGGUGGGCCAGCAUCAAUCUGGGCAUCACCCUGUGUAUCGAGUGCUCCGGAAUUCACCGGAGUCUUGGGGUUCACUUUUCAAAAGUCCGAUCUUUAACGUUAGAUACAUGGGAACCUGAACUUUUAAAGCUUAUGUGUGAAUUGGGGAAUGAUGUUAUAAAUCGAGUUUAUGAAGCUAAAAUAGAACAAAUGGGGAUAAAGAAACCACAACCAGGACAAAGACAGGAGAAAGAGGCAUAUAUCAGAGCAAAAUACGUGGAGAGGAAAUUUGUGGAUAAAUAUUCCAUAUUAUCAUCACCUCCUGAGCAGGACAGAAACACUGGCUCCAAAAGUUGUGAAGAAAAGAGGCUGAGCAUUUCCAAACCUGGGCCAGGGGACCAAGUCAGGGUACCAGCUCAAAGUCCAGUGAAAAGUAACGACAGUGGAAUCCAACAGAGUUGUGAUGAUGGAAGAGAAUCUUUACCCUCCAUGGUGUCGGCCAAUAGUUUAUACGAGCCUGAAGGAGAAAGGCAAGAAUCUUCUGCUUUUCUGGAUUCCAAACAUCCUAACCCAGGACUUCAGCUUUAUAGGGCUUCAUAUGAAAAAAAUCUUCCUAAAAUGGCCGAAGCUUUGGCUCACGGUGCAGAUGUCAACUGGGCUAAUUUGGAGGAAAGCAGCGCCACACCACUUAUCCAGGCCGUACUAGGGGGUUCUUUGGUGACAUGUGAGUUCCUCCUACAGAAUGGUGCUAAUGUGAACCAAAGAGAUAUACAAGGGCGGGGACCACUGCACCAUGCCACCGUCUUAGGACACACAGGGCAAGUGUGUUUAUUUCUAAAACGAGGUGCCAAUCAGCAUGCCACUGACGAAGAAGGGAAAGACCCCCUAAGUAUAGCUGUGGAAGCUGCCAAUGCUGACAUAGUGACCUUGUUACGUUUAGCAAGAAUGAAUGAAGAGAUGCGAGAAUCAGAAGGACUUUAUGGACAGCCAGGUGAUGAGACCUACCAAGACAUUUUUCGUGACUUUUCCCAAAUGGCAUCCAAUAAUCCGGAGAAACUAAAUCGUUUCCACCAAGAUUCACAGAAAUUCUGAAUUUUUUUUUUUUUUUUAAAGUAGGAGGAAGUAAUAAACCCAAUGAUCUCCUAAUAUGUACAGCUGAAAACUCACACAUUUUUACUGUUUUAAGACUACUUACGUAAUUUGAGUAGAUACUGAGUAGGUUAGGCAAAAAAGGUACCCAUUCAGUGAUGCUUAUAGAAAUAAAAACCCAGGUCUCAAAUAGUUGGGAGAGGAACCUACUUUAGAACCUCUUUUUCAUUAUCCCCCCCAUAAGCCUGUUUAAUAGGCUGUUUGUAUAGAUAAAAGUAAAAUAUAGACGUAGGCUGUCUCUAGGCUACA